AUGGUAGCAAGGGAAUCAAAAGGAGUUGAGUUUCUAGGAAUAUGGGGCACAGGAGGCGUAGGCAAAACAACUCUUGCUAGAGCCCUUUAUAAGCGGGAGCGAGAGCGCAAAAACUUUGAGAUUCACUGCUUCCUUGAUAAUAUUAGAGAGGCAUGGGAAAAAGAAGGCUUGAUUUCAUUGCCAAGAAAACUUCUUUCUUCUCUAGAUAGAAAGAGUAUGGAAGUAGCUGACUUUUAUGAAGGAAUGGAGUUAAUAAAAAGCAAGUUGACUGACAGAAAAAUUCUACUUGUCCUUGACGAUGUGAGUGAUAUUAGGCAACUUGAAAAUUUGGUGCCAAAGAAAGGAUGGUUCAGCGAAGGGAGCAUAAUAAUAAUAACAACUAGGGAUAAGCAUUUGUUAUCAUCACACAGUGUAUCUGUUGUGUAUGAAUUCAAAUUAUUGAGUGAUAAAGAGUCUCUUGAUCUUUUCCUUGAAAAAGCUUUUAAAGAAGAGCAUCCUAAUGAAGAUUAUUUGAAACUUGCUCGAAGCGUCAUUAAGUAUGCUGGAGGCCUUCCUUUAGUACUCACAGUGUUAGGUUCAUCUCUUUGCAAAAGACCAAUAGUGGAAUGGAAGGAUGAACUAGCUAAGCUCAAGCAAAUUCCUCCAAAGGACAUUUUGAAGAUACUUCAAGUGAGUUUUGAUGGACUGGACGAUCAGCAGAAAACCAUAUUCUUGGAUAUUGCUUGCUUUUUCAAUGGGAUGGACAAAGAUCAUGUCAUACAAAUUUUAGAAACUUUGGAUAAGGAUCUUCGCGCAGGAACUGCGAUAAAUGUUCUCAUUAAGAAAUCACUAAUAAUUAGUUAUGAAGGGCAUUUGUGGGUGCAUGAAAUUCUCCGAGAUAUGUGUAAAUAUAUUGUCUAUCAAGAAUCACCUUAUGAUGCCGGCAAGCGUUCCCGGAUAUUGUCUUUGGAGGAUGCCAAUCACGGGACAGAAGCAAUCCGAGGAAUAGCGCUAACAUUGGAAAAGUCAUGUGAUGCAUUUUGGGAUCCUGAAUCCUUCUCAAAGAUGAGUAAUCUUAGUCUCCUUGAUGCAUCACUUCCCGAUGAUAUCAGCAUGUUAUCAUCGUUGGAAUUUUUAGAUCUAAGUGGAAACAAUUUCAUUGACUUACCAUCUGGCCUCAUUUCCAAUCUUUCGAAGCUCGAAGGUAUUGGUCUCCUUGAUUGCCCAAGGCUUCGGUCUUUGCCGCAACUUCCGUCAAAUCUAUUAGUCAUAGCGGUUGAAGGUUCUUCAUUAAUGAAACAUUACGGAUGUGGAGAUCAAUUAUGGGAUUUCAUUGAAUCAUUUCAACCUCAGGUUCGCAACCAUUUAAAUAUGAACUUAGCAAUUAUAAGAGGGGAUUCAGAACUUCUUGUUCCCCUCCGUCCACAUUCUCGCAUAUUGGCAAUUCCAGGUAGCAAAGUACCAUCAUGGUUUUAUAAUCAAAACUACUUUUGUGAGAAAGAAUUCAGCUUAUUUAUAUACGGCUGGGAGUCCUCAGCUUUUUAUGUUGCAUAUUCAUUGUUCCUCUUUGGUUACAAGCGGAUUCCAAAUGGUAUUUUGCUUUGA